ACACCAGCGCUGAGGUACUGCUUUAUUCCUCACUGAGCUUCACACAUUUACACCAGACCUCAGAUUAACCUGUUCAUCACUCUCUUCUAGGAGAACAGAGCUCUGCUGUGACCUGCUGUGGAGCGACUGAGAAGAUGGCACUGAUCUGGAUGUUGGCAGCGCUUCUCUCUGUUGCUUCGGCCUUCAGAGACAGCCAUCCGGAUUACAGAUCCAGGCCAUGUGACUGUUCUGACCUCCACAGAUCAGGAGAAAGGUCCAGUAGGACUCACACCGUUUACAUCGACGACAGUCCCAUCAAUGUUGACUGUCACAUGAUAUCAGAAGGGAGAGAGGAUGAGCACGGAGGAUGGACGGUGAUUCAGAAGAGGAUGGACGGCAGUCUGAACUUCUAUCGGCCGUGGAAAGAGUACAAGAGAGGAUUCGGGACUCCCGAGGGCGAACACUGGCUGGGGCUGGAGAACAUCCACCGCAUAACACGCAACAAGAAGUACAUGCUGAGAGUGGAUAUAGAGGACUUCGGUGGAAGGAAAGGUUGUGCUCAUUACUCGUCCUUCUCUGUGGAUUGUGAGGAAGACGGCUAUAAACUGCACGUUUCCGGAUUCAGGGAUGGCGGAGCAGGCGACUCUCUGUCUUCCCACAACAAUCAGAAGUUCUCCACCUUUGACAAAGACCAGGACGACUACAAAAAGAACUGCGCCAGAGAGUUUCUCGGGGGAUUCUGGUAUAAAAAGUGUCACCAUGCAAACCCCAACGGUGUGUACUUAUGGGGUCACGAUCGCACCCACUACGCUAUCGGUGUGUGUUGGUGGAGCUGGGAUCACAACUACUACAACAGCUUGAAAUACAUCUCCAUGAAGAUCAAACGCAUAUACUAGAAACAUGCAAUGUAUACAGGGGCACACACAUUACGCUAAUUACUCUGUCUGUAAUGCUUAAGGCUGAGCACUUCCAGUGUGUGUGUGUGUGUGUGUGUGUGAACACAUGCCCUUGGCACAGAUGCACAGUGAAGGUUUGACCUCUGUAAAGUCUCUGCUCUCUCUCCAGAAGUUAUAACAUAUUGACUUUCCUGUGUUUAACUCUUCCACAAGCUGUUCAAUGACCGUGAUUUGUCUUUGUUUAAGUCAGUUUUUACUAUCCAAAUGAUAAUAAACUCAAUAAACUGCAGAUUAAAAGCC